AUGUGUUCUAACAAUAGGUCCUCUUCCAACUCUGGCGCCACGUCUCCGUUGAACACACUUCGACAUCACAUUAAGCAAAGUCCUUUGUCAAGGGACGAGAUUAUGUCUAUCCUUCAGGAUCUUGUCCUUGAAGGUCCACUUGUUGACUACAUGGUAGCUCAUGGCGUUAUUUCAUCGACAUCAGCUCGUGAGCUUACCCAAGUUGAUUGUAAAAAUGAACAGAAAAUUGCGAAACUUCUUGAUCUCUUGGAUUCCGAAUACGACACACCACAACACUACAGUCAAAAUGCGAAGCUCGUACUACUGACAAACGCAUUGCGGAGUACCGGUCAACAUGCCUUGGCUAGUCAACUUGAUCGUGGCCGGAAAAUCAAACCAGCUCCUCUGGCCACCGCAAAACUCACCGACACCAGAUAUGGUUCGGAUAUUAGUAAGCAGUUUUAG